AUGCUAAUUUCUCUCUCUCCAAAACCUCCGCAUAGGACAUGGAAUGGCUUCUUAUCCGGCAAUCCAGCCACAAAGUUCCAGCCCAUGACGGUCAGCGAGGCCGGUCCCGCUGCCUACGAUGCCCUGCUGCGUUCUCCAAACGACCCGAUGAAGCUCAGGAAUACCGAUGUCCCGGUCGUUGAUACGAAAACAUACUUGUCUUCCUUAUUGGCUUUGGCGCUCGGCGGGGAAUCCGUCCUUUUCACCAGAAAGGACGGUACGCAAAGCCUCAGGCCAGCGCUGCCCAAGAUGAGAGCCUCGGGCUAUUCCAGCCAUGUCCUCCAGGCGCUUGAGAACAAGUGCCUGAGAUGCGGAAACACCUUGAUGGGUCUGCGCGCAUUUGUCGAUUCCGCCUUCUUGGACCAUCCAAGCCGAUGCGGAGUGGCUCUGGCUAGUACUAUCAACCAGGUCCUCCAAGUUGUCCAGGAAUGGGUAGCUUUUCAUGGGCGGAACCCCCGUUCGCUUCUGCAACUUCAAGCCACCGUCAACUCAGUCGUAGCUAUCCUUCGCCCGUUCAAGGCCCUCAUGUCCCAUCUACGCCACGGCAUCACUGAUGAAGAUAUUUUAAAUCUCGUGUUUCACCAGGCAUACUCCGUUGAUAACAAUGAGGAGUAUCUACGUCAGAUUAUGCGGGAGGUGCUGCGGAGAGUAUCCGGGCCUUGGAUAGAGUUUCUUGAAGAGUGGAUAGGAACAAGACGCGAGCAAGGACUGCCUUUUACCAAGUCCAAUUUAGGCGAAAGUAAGGGGUUUGUCAAGGUUGAGGCACGGGUUUUUAGGGAUGAUUUUGGUCGGGAGCUCGCAGAGGUUGACUACAUCCUGGACUCUACAAAGAUGCCACCUUUUAUGCCCGAAGAUGUGACGGAGACAAUAUUUGAGACCGGGCGCAACUUGCGAUUCAUUCGAUCGUUUCAUGAAGAUCAUCCACUAGCUCAGCAGGAUGUCAUUGCAUCUAGUGAUCCUCCCCAAGCCAAAUGGCUUUACGACUGGGAUGCUAUCCUACGGCUUGAGAGCCGUGCUGUUGCGUACCGCGACUCUUUGAUCGACGCCAUUCGGUCGAGCCGUGAUGGCUACUCUCUGGAUCCCAUGGCCGGAUCCGUUCAGUCACUAGUUGAUAGGCCUGGUUCUAUUCUUUCCUUCUUUGGAUUGGACCAAAUCGGAAUGGAAGAGCGUAUUGCAGCAUCUAUCGAGCAGUUUGCUCAACCAGUUGCCACCCACGACUCGGAAGAUUCUUUAAGUAAGAUUGUGCGCGAUCGACUUUCCGGGACACAUAUAUCGACAAUUGAGCUCUCAAACUCUACCCCUCACUGGACGUUGCUCCCCGUCCUUUCUUUCGGCGUUAUUGCUUCAGCACAGGCCCAAGUGGUUAAUAAAGAGACGCUCAAACUCCUUUUUACAGAGCACAACCUGCGAGAUCAUCUAAGGCUACAGCGAGAAUGUCAACUUUUAGGAAACGGGCUUCUUUGUAGCCGCCUCUCCCACGCUCUAUUUGAUCCCAGUAUGGAUACGGCGGAAAGACGUUCAGGGGUCGCGAGGAGGAGCAGUGUCAUGGGCUUACGGCUAGGAGGGCGCGAUAACUGGCCCCCAGCAAGCUCAGAGCUACGACUGGCGCUGAUGGGCAUACUUUCUGAAUGUUACAACGCUAAUCAGGAUGAUGGAAGAGUGGGGAGAAGUGGCCGCCUCUUUGACAAGGAGAAAUCCGGCUUGCCAGGGGAUAUGAGCUUUGCUAUAAGGGAUCUAUCCGAAGAAGAAAUCGCCAAGUGCAUCAACCCGGACAACCUUGAAGCCUUGGACUUUCUCCGUCUGUCCUAUACAGCGCCGCCGCAGCUGAGCCCCAUCAUCACGCCGAUGAAUUUGCUCCAGUACGACGGCAUCUUCAAAUUCUUAUUGCGUGUCUUGCGAAUGACAUUUGUCGUUAACCAGCUCUUCCGGGACACUAAUAGCUUGGCUCGUGGCUGGGAGGAUCCAGGCGACGCAACGCUGCGGUUCGUAAAGGAAGCCCAGCAUUUUGUGGCCAGCGUGUCGACAUAUUUCCUCGACACAGGCAUCGCUGUUCCUUGGCGCGUAUUUGAGAGGAAAUUGGACAAGGUCGAGGCGGAUCUCCAGCGGCCGGGCAUGAACAGUUCAUCAGAGGAUAUUCAGAGCCCGGAUAAACUACAAGAGUUUCAUUCUCUCGUCCUGGAUCGAAUCAUGCUUGCCUUGUUCCUCAGAAAGAGGCAGCAGCCAGUACUGAAGCUGCUAGAGGACAUUUUCAAUACCAUUUUACGAUUCGCCAAGCACGUCAGACUAAAGUGGCUUGGAGCACAGGGCGAAGAGACAGACGCCCAGACAACAGUGGAGGCGGAUCCCUCUGCUUUAUACGCAGAGUUUAAGAGAAAAGUGCAAAUCUUCAUCACGGUGUGCCGUAGCCUCUCGGAGAAGGCUCGUCGCACAGACGGUAAGAGGGGGAGAGAAGAUAGAAUAUUCAAGGAGCAGUACGGGACUGGCGACGAUAGCAUGGUUGCGCAGCUCCUAGUGAAGCUUGACAUGUUUGAUUAUUAUCUCAAGCGAUAG